UGACUUGAAGCGAGGGAGUGGAGUGAACGGACUGAUGAAACCUUAUCGGCUGGUAGUAACUAGCAGCGUCGACUAUUGUUAAAAUCAACCGUGAUCAUCCGUCUGCGACCGCAAGAGUGAGACAAGAGGACGAAAAUCAGUUUUCCCUGUUUGUUUACAGAAAAGAAGACUAUAUAAGCAACGUUGAACAACUCUUUCAUAUUUAAGUUAUAUAGUUAUUUCUUUAUCUAUCUUACCUGUGUGAAGAUGAACGGGGUAUCGCGGAGUCUGUGUACAUUUGAGGACAUCAGAGCUGAUGAGAGAACAGCGGAGGGGUGCAGGAGACUGAGGCUGACUCUCCACCAGCAGAACCAGGCAGGGAGGAUCAACGAACAACCCAGGAGCAAGCCAAUCGGACGAGCGUUUGCUCUGGUGCAGCCAGCCAGUGAGAGGCCUGCUCUGAAGCCUGAACCAAUCAAACCCUCUGAGGAGAAGGCUGAAAAGGUCGAGAUCAUCAAGGUGUAUCUGGAGGAUCGUAGACAGGAGCAGCAGAGACACCAGCAGAGCCUCAAGAUGUUGUCAGAUGAAGUCUCCCAGAUACAGGAGGUGAGAUACUGUCUGAAGACCCUGAGGGAACAGAUGGCAACCAAGAACAAAGGACAACACAAGUUUCCUGCUAGUGGCUACAGAGUCAGCGCUCCCUCCAAUCAGAACAGCUCUUCUUCCUCAAAGGGAGGGGCUAAAGAUGAUAGACAGGAAGGGGAGGAUGAGGUGGAGAGGGCGAAGAUGAGGGAGGUCAGUAAGCGUCUGUACGCUCAGCUACAGGAGGCCGAGAAGAAACACCAGGAGGAGAGAGAGAGACUGCAGGCUGAGGGUGUGGAUCUGCGCCAGCGUCUGGGGGAGCAAAGGGAGAAGCUGGAGGAGGUGAAGGAGGGAAGUGAGAGGAAGGACCAGAGGAUUGAGGAGCUCCAGAGGCUGCUGGGAGGUAUGGAGCAGGAGAGCCAAGCCCUACGAGACACACUGAGGAACAGAGAGGAGGAACUCAGAGAACUACGCAAGAUCAGAGAGGAGGGCAGGAACGAGGAGCAGAGGUCAGAGCAGUUGGAGAAGGAGCUGGCAAUUCUGAAGGAGAAGAUCCAUCAUCUAGAUGACAUGCUGAAGAGCCAGCAGAGGAAAGUCAGACACAUGAUCGAACAGCUGCAGAACUCUCGUAUGGUGAUCCAGGAGAGGGACCGUGUCAUCAGAGACCUGGAGGAGAAGGUGGCUUUCCUGGAGGCAGAGAACCGGGAGAUGCAUGAUCAGAUGGACUACUUCCUGGGAGGUGAAAGGUCAAACUCGCACCUCUCAUCAGACCGCAACGCCCAGAUUGUCUACAGUAAGCCAUUGAAGCCCACCAGCUCGUCCAACAAGCCUCUUCCCUUCAUCAAAAUAAUUGAGACCAAGUCCUGAACUGGUGAAAUCGAGGGAGGGAGAGGAAGAGAGAGAUGGAGGGAGAAGUGGCUAACCUAACGACACCAAACCUGCUAAGCUAAGCAA